AUGGCCAGAGCUUUCAUUCAUCCACCUCCGCUGAUAUCUGCUGUGCCUGAUAGACCCAUCUCUGAUCCUCUCGAAGAGGCCUCUAAAACCGUUUCGUCACUUAACUCACAUGGAUCCGCUGCUGCACUGCCAGUUGUGGAGAAAUCGGUGUCUUUAGGAAAAACUCGCUGCCUUGGCUCCUCUGCAUCUUCCUUUCCCUUUGCCUUGGCACUCCAAGAAUGCUUGCUACACGAGGCAUUACUGUGCCUCGGACAGCUUGCAGCUUUGCAUCCUGAGAACCAGGCUGCUCUUCAGGCUGGCCAUCCUCCAACCCUACUUCAACGGCUUCUCAUUCGUCUUCCACUUUCAUACCAGACACGCGCUCCUCUAAAUCAUACUGUCUAUCCUACAUUAGUUGCUUGUUGUUACGCCAAUCCCCGUAACACCGCUUUAGUACGCCAAGAGUUGGCCUCUUGCAGGCUGAUUGCCGCUUACAUCCAGUUGUUUUCUUUGACCGUUUCAUUAAGCUAA